GACUUUUCCCUAACUACCAAAGUAGUCUUCACGUUCCUGACCAGCCUGGCAUUUAUUGUAUCCUUCCUCGGUAACUCGAUGGUGAUCUAUAUAAUCAGAAAGGAUCAGCUAUUGAAGUCCACUACAUUCCUUCUAAUACUCAACAUGGCCUGUGGAGACUUGGUUACGACUACAGUAACGUGCCCGCCAUUAAUCAAGUUCUUGUUUGUUGGAUUAGCUUGGAUUCCUGGGGUUUUUGGAGGUCUGCUAUGCAAACUGAAUCUCUAUCUCGUUUUGGUCGCUUUUCUGGGCUGCAUCUUUAGCCUGACGGGGAUACAAAUAGAUCGCUUUUUGGCUGUGAUCCGACCACUGACACACUCACCCUGGACAAACUGGACAAAGGUUAUUAUUCCUGGAAUAUGGCUCGCGGCUAUUUUACUUCCCAUAAACAUGUGGCACGAAAUUGGCGGUAAAAGUUCCUCGAGUUCAGGACUGAACAUUUCAGUCUGCUACGAAGAACAAGUUCCAUUAAGUAUGGGAAUCACUCUCGGCAUAUGCUUUCUGCUUCCUUUCACAGUGAUGCUCAUACUUUAUCCAAUCAUCAUCUAUCAUCUGUGGACAAGGCAGGUCCCAGGAGAACCCAGCGCUCUGCAACAACAGAGGGCAAAUCGUAUGGCACGGAAAAUCACCAAAAUGAUGGUUGCUGUUGUGCUUUCUUUCUUUUUCUGUUGGGCACCGCAAUUUAUUUUCGUCUGGAUACAUCCUCUGGUUGGACAGGCGGCAGCCACUUUACCCAUCUGGUUACUUCCAUUUAUCCUUUGGCUACAAGCGCUUAACUCUGCCAUGAAUCCUGUUCUCUAUGCGAUCUUUAACGAAUCUUUCAGACUUGGCUUCAAGAAAGUUAUAUUUCGUAGUAUUUUACGGAGACGCGACGAGGAAGUCAUGCAAAGUGCGAGGAAUCAAAUUCAAAACAUAGCACUUGUAAGAUUCCAAAACAACACAGGCCCGCAGAGAUAA